GAGCUCCAAGAGAUAUAGAAGUGAAGAUUGAAGUGAAAGAUUUUGUGGUUCACCGGCGAGGAUGAAUAGGAUAGGCCGGAGACUUAAACAGGAACGAAGCUCCGGCGAUCAAGGUCACCGGCCGCCGGCGAGGCUCACCGGCGAUCAGGAAUUCUCCGUCAUGGUCUCGGCAUUGAAGAACGUGAUAAGCGGGAACGCAGUGACAGCCGAGGAGAAUGUGGAUUUGUUUUCGUCGUUUGAGUUUCUCGCCGCCGCAACCGCCGGAGAUUCAUCGACAAGAGCCGCCGCGGAGUUGCCGCCUUUUUUGAGCGUCCCAGAAGGUAACACGUGUCAAUUCUGCGGGAUAUCCGGGUGCCUAGGCUGCAAUUUCUUCGGGCCCACCGAGGCGGGGGAGGAUAAGAAAAACAACAAAAAUGUGGCGAAGAAAAAGAAGAAUUUCAGAGGCGUGAGGCAGAGGCCGUGGGGAAAAUGGGCGGCGGAGAUACGGGACCCACACAAGGCGGCGCGUGUGUGGCUAGGAACAUUCAACACCGCGGAGGAGGCGGCGCGUGCUUACGAUAAAAAGGCUAUCGAGUUCAGAGGUCCAAGAGCGAAGCUCAAUUUCCCAUUCGCCGAUUACACAUCGUCAAAUCCUCAUCAACUGCUGCAACGCUCGGCUUCGACUCCUUCGUCUCAUCUUCGCCGGCCAAUGCCGCCGCCGCAACAGCAGCAAGAAAUCAGCGUUAAAAUGAGCAAUUUGGCGGCGAAAAUGGAGGUGGGCACGAGCAGCAAUGAUAACGAACUGUGGAAAUUCGGGGAAGACGAGGUUCAAGACUGUUGGACGAUGAUGAUGGAUUUCAAUGGCGAUUCUUCCGAUUCCGCCGGCGGUUACGUUCAACCGUCGGAUCAUCAAUCUUGCUAGCUACAUUACCUGCAUAUAUUAUAUUGCAGAAAUAAUAUUUAUCCACAAAUUUAAGCUAGUUAAUUCCUAGGAAAAAAUCGUUUUAAUAUAUUCGACGAAUAAUUUAUAUAUGUAAAUCAGAGUUUGCCAUAAUAAGUAAAUAUAUAAAAAUAAAAAAUUUGAGAAACAACUAUCUGUCACAUCUUAGUUGAUAUAGACUUGACAAUAGGUACUUCCUUUUCUUUUUAAUACAAACUAAUUGUAGCC